AUGAGAUCAUGAGGGGAGGCUGGAUCUUUGCCUCGACAAUGAUGAUCUUCAUCCUGCUUGGCUCGGUAACCAUGAUGAACAUGCUUGUGGGCGUCUUGGUGGAAGUCAUCAAGACCGUCUCCGAGAUUGAGCGAGAACAGCUUGAAGUCAGUUUUGUCAAGAAGAUCUUUUCCGACAUGAUCACCAAGAUGAACUUAGAUGCAGACGGUGACAAUCGAAUCUCGAAAGAGGAGUUCGACACACUCUUAUCAAAGCCGGAGGCAGCCAAGGCCUUGCUAAACAUUGGCGUUGAUGUGGUGGGCCUCGUGGAUUAUCGAGACGUCUUGUUCGGCACAGAGGGUGACAUGGAACUCUCCUUCGCUGAGUUCAUGGAAGCCAUCCUGGAACUACGAGGUACAAAUAGUGCGAAGGUGAAGGACAUUGUCGACCUCCGAAAAUUUGUGGCCCAGGAAACUGGUGCGAUCUAUGAGUUGGUAGCGGUAACUCAGCAGGCAGAUGGCAGCACACGGUCAUCUUCGCGGACCUCAGUGGCAGAGGCCAAAAUUCAGGAUGAAUGCUAG